UGUCAUUGUUUGGUGUACAGAAAAAAUAAUCGGAGAAAAGUUGUUCGCUCGCAUUUCACCAGACCGCAAAAAGUGAAAAAUUAAGUGAAUAAUUUAUAGAUUUGCAGUGAAAAUUAUAAACAAAUCUAUUGUAAAUAAUGUUUAACAAAUUGUAAAGAAAACAACUUGUGUGUGAAUGAAUUAAAAGAAUACCUGAAACAAAGUGUAAAUUGUGCAUUGAACAAGACCACUUUUGUUUGAUUGCGGUGGGUGGCUGCUAUGAAACAAAAGCCGCUGGCUGGCCAAUGAAAUGUGGAAAAAAUACUUGAAAACAUUUGCUCAAUGGAACAAAAGUCAAAAUAAAUAAACAAUAGAAAAAGGCAAGAAAACAAAUCGACAGAAUAAAUUAUUGCAAAUUUUCUCGGUUGCAUUUUAAUUGGACACACACACACAUAGAUACAAACGCCAAUAGCUUUUUCUACAUACAGGCGCACAAUUUUCAUGGUUCUUCUUCUUUUUAAAUUGUCAUUCAUCGUUGGAGAGGCAAAUUGUGGAAGCAAAACAAAACAGAAAAUAAACAAAGAGAACACAUAAACAACUUUUUUUUUAUUUUUGACAAUUUGAAAUCGCACACACAAACUAUUGGCAGCUCAUUAGUCCUCCUAACAAAUGAAAAAUGGAUAAUUCCGACUAUAAUUUAACUUCCCUGCCACCCAUGAUGAAUGUGGAUGGUAAUGGUCAACUUUUAAUGCCUCUCCCCAACGGCCAACCACAUCAAGUGCCACCCUCUGAACAGCAACAAGAACAACAGCCGGAGCUACAUCAUGAACUGCAACCUUUGAAUCCAGUCUCUUCAGCUUCAGCCAGUUUGCCAUCUUCGAUUGUCCAACAAUUCAGUGGUGGUGUUCAUACUCCAGCCGCUGCCCAGUCACAGUCAAUUGUUGCUCCAGAUUAUAGCGGCGGCAAUGUCAGUACGCAUUUACCCCUGACUGGCUUCUUUGGAGCGAGCACACAUCUGGAUGUUCUCAAUGCAGGCUAUACACCAGCCGCGGUAAUGUUACCACAAAGUCAUGCACAACCACCCAUAACAGCCGCAUUAGAAACUCCAACAGAACAUGACGUGAACAAGUCCCACAAAGCUAAUUCAUUAGGAGAUGAACCAACGGCAAUUCUUGCAAUGAAAUUAGAUCAAAAUGAAAAAGAUAAGGGAGCGGAUAAUAAUACACCUGAAGCUAAAAGCGUGCCUGAUGACACCAUAAAAGUCAGUGAUAAAGAAGGUGAUGGAAAAACUACAAAAUCUUUAGAUGACCAAACAACAUCAGCAAAGGAAAAAGAUUUGGAAAAUAAUGACAAAGAAAGCACGGAGGAGACAAAGACUGCAGAAGGUCAAAGGUCCAAAGAUGUGGAAAAAGAAAAACCGGCGGCUACUGAGGAUGAUGUUGUGGCCAUUGAUGAUGAAGAGGAUGCCGAAGAUGACGAAGUCGAGGAAGUGGUGGAUGAAGAAGAGGAUCUGGACGAGGAGGAGGAAGAAGAGGAAGCCGAAGAAGAUGAGGGUGAAGCCAUUAUACCCGACGAUGGUAUACCACCCAUUGUGAUCAAGGAUAAAGAACCCACGGAAUCGGCAGAGGAAGAUGAGAUCAACGAAAAGGCCAGUGAUGAAAUUAGCCCAGAGGCAAAUAAGACCGAUGAAAAAGGCAACGAAAACGAAAAACCUCCAGCUGAAGAUGAUAAAUCCGAUAAAGAUGCCGAAGCUGCCAGUUCCUCCACACUUAGUACCCGCAGAAAACAACAAGAAGAAGAGGUUGAUGAAAAUCAAUGUAGGGUCUGUUGCAAUAAAGAUAAUUUGGUUACGCUCUUCAAAAAAAUGGAAGAUCAGCAAACUGUGGCCGAUAUGUUGAUGCUAAUUUGUCCCUCGGUGCACAUAGCCAUCAAAGACUUCCUACCACAAUUCAUAUGCAAUACCUGCCUGGAUAAUGUCAUUAAGGCCGUGCAACUUAAACAGCAAUGCGAAAAGACGGAAAAGGAAUUGCGCAAAAAGCUGUCUCGACACAAAAAUAAAAUAAGACGUCCAGCCGGCUAUGUGGUUAUAGAUGCUCCACUCGACUCAGAUCCUGCCACAGAUGAUGAACAAUCGAAUGAUGAGGAAUUUAAGGUCUCCGACAUUGCCAGUGUUUCGCCCAGUGAAGAUUCUGUGUCUUCAGAAGAAUCGGAUGAAAGUAAAAAGAAAAAGAAGGGCAGAAAGCGACGCAAAUCUUCUUCCAAGUCGUCGAAAUCAAGAGGUGCUAAAUCCGGCAAUGGUUCUUCCGAUGAAGAUGAUGGCGACCCCAUUGGCAAUCACAAAAGAAAACGUUCCGACAAUUCUUCACCUGAGGUAUUUGCCUGUGAUGAAUGUGAUCAUGUCUUCCAUCGCAAACAAUCGUUGGUCUUGCAUCGUAAGGUGCACACCAAUGAACGAGAACCGAUUGCGUGCAAGAUUUGUGGUCGCAUGUUCAAGAUAAAAGGAGCCUAUCGCACACACAUGGAACGGCAUCGUGAUGAGAAGAAUCUUAUGAAAUGUCAAAAAUGUUCACGCACCUUCCUUAGCAACAUUGAGCUGCGAAGACACAUGAUUGAGGCUCACAGUCAAUCGGGUGCCAUCAUGGAAUGCCUAAAAUGUAAGAGGAAAUUUGUCUCCGCCAGUCGUCUGGAAAGUCAUGAAAAUCGUUGUCACGGCAAUGGAAAGAACAAAAAAGGCAAUGACACCAGCAACUUUGUGGUCGGCCAGGAUCUAUUCAAAACAGUUGCCCCCCUAACCACAACCUAUUGGAGUGAUAGUUACUCGGACUAGAAAACUAAGUUAACUAACUACUGUAUUUUUAUUGGAAUAAGUGUUAGCGUAAGGGAAAAAAGCAAUUGAUUAUGAACCACUUUUUUUACGUAUCUGUUGAUCAGAUUUUUUGUUUUGAUUUUUCACCAUUUUCUAAUCAAAAUUUUACAUCAAGUUUGCAAAAUUAUUUUAUAAAGUAAACUGUUUUUUUUUGUUUCUAAAUUUAAGAAAAUUUUGAUAAGAAAAAAUUGUAUUUUUUUAUGUAAAGAUUACAUAAAUAGUUUAUACAAAGAAAACAAUUUUGUGUUUUUAAUUUGUA